UUCUCUUCAACAGUCAGAUCAUCAAAUUUUAUAAUUUACAAGACGACACCAAGAAUUUACAGUUAUUAUUUAAGAUAAGACAAAGAUUAAAAGAAAGAAUGCAUGCUUCUGAAUCAAAAGAAAGAAGAAAAAGAUACAAGAAAGCAUGGAUGCAUGGGGCACGUUCUGUUCAAAGAAAAAGAUGUCGUGAAAUUGGUUCCAGUGACUCUGAGGAUGAAAAUCAAUACAGUAACAUGCAUGUUAACACAGGAGAAAAUUCUAGUAUUUCUUCUUCAAAAUCAAAUUAUGAGUCAAACAUACAUGAAGAUCAGGGAAUCUUGAGUGAUGAUGAACUGGUAGCUUGUGAAAAUGAUUCAAUUUCUGACAGUAACCAAGUUUCGCAAAGUGAGUCAGAAUUAUGGAAUGCAAUUGAUCAACAUAUCAUCAUAUCAUCUGAUUCAGAGGACAAUUCAGAAAUUCCAAAUCAGGAGUUAUUGUCAAAACUAUUACCUUCCUGGGUUAAUGAAAACAAUAUUUCACACAAUUCAACUGAUAAGCUGCUUAAGAUGUUAAAAUUUAUUGGAUUAAAACAAUUACCAUCAACAGCUAGAAGUCUUUUAAAAACUAAACGUCACGUUGAUACCAAAAAAGUCUCAGGAAUGGAUUAUUUUUACUUUGGGAUAGAAGAAGGUAUUGUUGACAACUUAAAAAAAUAUCCAGAAAAAUUGCAAGAAAAUGUCCAACAAAUAGAUAUUUGUUUUAAUAUAGAUGGUCUGCCUCUUUUUAAAAGUUCUCGAACAUCAUUGUGGCCGAUAUUAUGCGGGUUAUCGCUAGAAAAAUAUCCAGUAGCAGUAUUUCCCGUUGCAUUAUGCUUAGGUCAAAGCAAGCCAAAAGAUUUGAAUUUCAUGAAUGAUGCAAUUGAAGAACUUCAAAGGUUGAAUGGCAACGGGUUUCAGUUUAAAGAAAGAACUAUUCAAAUAAAAAUAUGUAGCUUUAUUUGUGAUGCUCCUGCCAAAGCAAUGAUAAAAAAUGUUAAAUUAUAUUCAGGUUAUUAUGGAUGUGAUAAAUGUACCCAAACUGGAGUAUGGAAUGGUAGAAUAACAUAUCAGGAAAUUGACACUGCACAGCCUCGCACUGAUAUAUCAUUCAGGAGUCAAUCACAACCUGAACAUCAUCAUGGUAACACACCACUAACAAAUCUGCCAAUAGACAUGACUAAAGCAUUUCCAGUUGAUUACAUGCAUCAAACAUGUUUAGGGGUCAUGAAGAGACUGUUGUUACUUUGGUUAAGAGGUAAAAGAGACUUUAAAUUGUCUGCACAAAAUAAAGAUCAAAUAAGUUUUAAGUUGUUACAACUUCGAAAAGCUAUACCCAGUGUAUUUGCCCGAAAACCAAGAAGUCUAGAUGAUGUAGACCGAUGGAAAGCCACUGAAUAUCGCCAAUUUCUCUUAUAUACUGGAAAAAUUGUGUUGAAAGAUAUCCUAAGACCAGAACUAUACUCUCAUUUUAUGACUUUAAGUGUUGGGAUAGGAAUUAUUGUUUCUCCAGAACUAUCUAAGAACCACCAGAUGUAUGCAGAAAAUCUGCUUAAAUUCUUUAUAGCACAGGGAAGAGAAAUUUAUGGCCCUGAAUUUCUAGUGUACAAUGUGCACAGUAUGAUGCAUAUUGCUGAUGAUGUGAAAAAUCUUGGACAUCUUGACAAAUUUAGUGCAUUUCCAUAUGAAAACUAUAUGCAGAAACUGAAAAAAGCAGUUCAUUCUGGAAAAUGUCCUCUAAUUCAAAUAAUCAAAAGAAUUUUUGAAAUGAAAAAUGAGACACAAUGUUUUGUUGAUCAAGAAAAAAAAAUAGUGAAUAAGAAGCCGAACAAUUCUUAUAUAUUAGAUAACCAAAAUGGCUGUGAAGUCAUUGAAUUGACAAAUGAACAACAUACUGACGGUACUGAUUUAGUUUUAUGUCGAAUUCAUAGGCGUUCUGAGCCAAUCUUUAUUGAACCCUGUGACUCAAGAAUUUUAGGUGCCAUGAAAUGUCAUCGUCGGCAUACUGUCAUGAAGAAAAUAUCUAUAAGUCAACUAGAAAGAAGGGCAAUCAUGAUUGAAAAAGGUCUUGAAUCCGUUUUCCUAGCAGUUCUGCAUGAAUUUUAGUCAUUUAAAUGUAUGGUGUAUGAAUACGUCGUGGUGGAGUUCAUCGAGGAGAAGGCUGUCGAGAUUGUGCCUCAAUUGUGGAUACAGAGCACCACAGAGGGAAUGUAUGCUUAUUGGCCAGAUUGCCAUUCUAGUAUGAUAAGGCAUAAAGUAAAGAAGAGGGAAAUACCAGACAAAGAAAACUGGAAGAGAUAUGAAGUCAAGAUAUUUUCUUAUACCGAUACUUAUGAAAAAGCUCUAUCAAGGAGAAAAAGGGCAGAGUAUACCUCGAAUGUUGAAACAGAUGAAGAUGAAUAAAAUAAAAGAGAAGCGGGACGGCCAGACAGAUACAAUAGUUCGGAGGACGAAGAUAACAGCCAUGACAGCGAACCAUCCCAGAAAAAAAUUUGUCGGCCUACUACUAAGACAAACAGCAGUGGUUCUACCACACCUCAGGCAAGCUCAACAACACCUCAUGCAAGCA